AGGGACUCUUCAAGUGCUCACCGUUGACGCGCAACAUGUCCAGUAGGAAGCGGAAGGCCCCCGACUCCGGGGAGCAAGUGUGCAUGCUGUGUCGCCGGGCGGAUGUCGACCCGAACAUCUGCGGGCGCACCUUUGCUGAGAGCGACCUUUGCGUGCAUGAGUUCUGCUUGCUUUUUUCUUUGAAGAAGAACACAUUCUUUGAAGAAAGCGACCCCUGGGAGGAAACGCUGCGCCUCCCCGUUGGGACCAUCAGAUGCAGAAUCAAGCAGGCGGACCAGAAGCAAUGCUUUGUUUGUGGCGAGAGAGGAGCCGCCAUCAGCUGCGCAGAGAGAGGCUGUGCACGCAGCUUCCACCUGCCCUGCGCCGCGGACGGUGAAUGCGUCACCCAGUUCUUUGGGCAGCACAGGUCCUUCUGCUGCGAGCACCGCCCGCGACAGGCAGCGGAGGCAGCUCCACCCCAAGGCACUGACUGCGUCAUCUGCCUGGAGCCCCUGGAGGACAGCACGUCCUACCAGACCCUGUGGUGCCCAGCGUGCAAGCACACCUGGUUCCACCGCCGCUGUGUCCAGGGGCAGGCCACGAAUGCCGGCACCAUGAGCUUCCAGUGCCCCAUUUGUCAAGACACGGAGCAAUUCCGUGCAGAAAUGUCCACUCUGGGGAUCCAAGUCCCAGUCAGGAGACCGUCUUGGUGGGAUGACAACACCUACCCAUCACUUCUGCGGAGGCACAGGCGCUGCGAUGUCAGCAAGUGCCUUUACCCAGGAGGCAGGGAGCAGGCAGAGGUGAAUGGGCCCUGGCAGCUGCUGCUCUGCAGCUCCUGUGCUGCAGAAGGGACCCACCGACGAUGCUCCUACCUGAGCAACAGAGUUAGCAGCUGGGAGUGUGACAGCUGUGCUGGCAUAGGCACCGCCUCCAGCAGCAACACGGAGCGCGCCGGACCCAGCACCAACACGGAGCGCGCUGGCCCCAGCACUUCCAGCCAAGGGGCUCCGGAGCCUCCCCGUGGCUCCCAGGGACCGGAGAACAUCAGCUCCGGCUCCAGCAGCCAGGCAGCAUCGGGCCCCUCACACCGGUCCCAGCUGCCUGAGAACAGCCGCCUGCCCAGUGAGCCUGGGACACGGCAGAGGGCAAUCGGCCCACGCCUCCCUGAGGAUCAGGAGGCAUCUCUGCGGCGCCGAGGACGCCGCGGGAGCGGCCGUGCAACAGCCCCGCGCACCAGCAGCAGCUCCCGCAGGUCCACCCCAUGGAGGGCACCGCGGCCCUCCAGCGACUCCCCGGUGGCUGCACCCAGAAGGAGCCCCAGGCAGCAGGGGAUGGGCCGGGCACGAAGCCGCUCCCCGCUUCAAGAUCGGGCCUCACGUUCCCAGAGCCGGCCCAGAAGAAGCCGUGGCAGCAGACAAACGCCACGCCGAGCUGCACAGAGCAGCACCCUCUGCUCAGCCGCCCCAGUGACAUCGAGGCCCUCGGGGGGUUCCCCGCUGCCUGGACACAGAAGACCCUCCAGGCAGCUAGGGAGGGCCCACACAUGAAGCCCUUCCGCAGC